AUGUUUGGUUUAGGUGUAGCAGCAGAUUCUAAUCGAUUAUUAAGGCCUCAGGGCCCCCCUGAAUUAAUCGGUUCUCAAGUAUCUGCAGCUGCCUGGCGGCCGCCUGUGCCUCUUCCUUCUGCUGCUGCUGCAGCUGCUGCUGCAGCUGCUGCAGCUGCUGCCCCUGUUGGGUCUACAGUGCAGCAGCAGCGUCAGCAGCCGCUGCAGGAGCCUCAAGAGCAUUUGCUGUUAAUAUUGGAGUCGCUGGCUAAGACGCUGCAGUCGCUGAAGGCCCCCUGGGAAUACACUGCAAAUGCACCCCUUGCUGCUGCAGCAAAAGAUAUGCAAGCUGCUGUCACUAGAGCAGCAGCAGCAGCAACAGCAACAGAUGCCCCGCAGCAGCAGCAGCAGGAACAGCAGCAGCAGCAGCAAGAACAGCAGCAACAGCAAGAACAGGAAGUGCAGGAAGAACAGCCGCAGCAAGAGCAGCAGCAAGAACUGCAACAAGAGCAGCAGCUGCAGCAAGAGCAGCAGCGGGAACAGCAAGAGCAGCAGCAGCAGCACCAAGAGGAGCAACAGCAAGAGGAGCAGCACCAAGAAACCUCAACUUCUCUGAGAACGCCCUCUCCGACGGAAGCAGCAACGUCAGCAGCAGCAGCAGCAGCAGCAGCACAGAGCAGCAGCAGCAGUAGCAGUAGCAGCAGCAGCAGCAGCAGCAGCAGCACAGCAGCACCCGAAGAAUCUGCAGCAGCAGCACCCAUAGCUCCGUCAUCAUCACGAGAAGAGCAUGAAGAGGCAGCAGCAGUGGCAGCAGCAGUAGCAGCAGAAGCAGCAGCAGCAGCAGCAGCAGAAGCAGCAGCAGCAGAAGCAGCAGCUAAGGAGGAGAGUGCAGAUUCAGAAGAAGAAGCAGCAAACAGCGAUUUUCAAGAAGAAGAGUUAGAUGAGUCAGCAGCAACCCCACAGCUAGAGGGGACCAUCGCUCCGCCUUCUUACCCUCCUAAUGCAGCAGCGGCAGCAGCAGCAGCAGCAGCAGCAGCAGCAGCAGGAAACAGCACGCGAGCCCGCGCAAGACGAACAGGCCCCCCCCCUCCUUCUCCUCGUUCAAUAUCAAGCACAACAUCAGCGUCUCCUGUGGUGCAGCAAUGGCAGCAGCAGCAGCAGCAGCAACAGCAGCAGCAGCAGCCAGCAUGGCGGCAGCAGCAGCAGCGGCAGAUGGUGAUAGAGGAGGCAGCAGCAAUGUCUCGACUGCGCGCUUUGCUUCAAAGCAGCACUUAUGCAGAUCUACGAGCAGCUGUGGGGCCCCACGGGGGCCCGGUAAGUCUAAGAGAGGCAAUGGCGUUUAAAGAGUUAGGCGAGAAGCUAAGAGCUAAGGGCUGGGGGGCUAAUGAGAUCCGAAGAACUGCUAAAAAGACUAAUAGCUACACAGAAGCUUUUUAUGCUGUAGCUAGAGAAGUAGGUCUCAGCAGAAAUGCUGUCGACGCCAUUGCACCCAGGAUGCCAACCUUACUCAAGUAA